CGCAACCUGCAGUGGCGGUGAGUGAGAAAACCGCCUUCCUACUGACAAAGACAUUUAAACCAGAAUAUCAAAUAUUUCCAAUUGUGAAGGAGCAAAAUGGAGCACCUGAAUGCAUCUGUCGGAGUGCAGAGUACCAUGCCUGUCGAGGAGGAUUAUCACCAAACCCCCGAAGUAAAACCAAAAAGCCAAAAGGUUUUCUUUAGUAUGAGCAACAGCGACCUUAAAAGUGACGUAUAUUACACUAAUGGACCCAAGGACGAGUCAGACGAAGCGACUCAGGUGAAAAUGGCAGACCUUCAGGAACAAGACUGCUAUAUUGAAGGGCCCAAAAGACCCAAGGGAAAAGCAGUUCUGCAUAACCCUUAUGAGGAUUAUGAACGUGUGAGGGACUUUAUGGAUUCUUCUCUGAGCUACAGGGCUGAUAAUGAAGACAUAACAAUUGAGAAUUCAGAGGAAAUCUCAAAAUUUGGAGAUAACAGUGAAAAACACUACCACUCGUUAGAGUUAGACAGGCCUAAGAAGCAAGGAGUUCUUUUCAACCCAUAUGAACACGAUGAUCGUGGACGAGGAAAGCAAUUCAUGAAUCUGCACCCAAAGAACAUCAAGCAAAACUUCUCAACUAUUGUGGGGAGAAACGACUUCCCUAAAUACCUCUACUGCAGACCGAAGCAACAGGAACUUGUGUUUGAGCAGAAAGACAACUUUGACAGAAGACAAUAUGUGGAAAAACAAGCUAAUUCUCCUGGUGAAACUGAGUCGGAGGUCAAGGUGAAGCAAGUCGGCGAGCAGAAAUGUCCGCCAGAUCAUGAGAAAUUCAUCAAGCAGCUCCAACAAAAGGUCAAACAGCUGUGCCUAGAAAAAGAAGAGAGAGUGAGAACUGUCAUUAAUCUCCAAUACGAACUUGAAAAGAUUAAUAGCAAACUGAACGUCCAGGUUUCUGACAACGCAAAGAAACAGGAGAAGAUUGAGCAACUUCAAGAAGAGCUGAAACAUCUCCAAAGGUGUGUUAAGGAGCAGAACGGCAUAUACAAAGCCCAAAAUGAUACUCUCAGGAAGGAACUCACCGAGUUGAAGACAAAACUCAGAAGAACGGAAGAACGUCAAGGAAAAGCAGAGCAGACCUCCCAGAGCUUGGAGCAGAAACUCCUGAGAGAGAGGGAGUCGUCCAGCGCGCUCCUGGAGCAACAAUUGAGAACUGCCGGCGACCAUCGCUGUGAGCUUCAAGCCGCGCUUCAAAAUCUACGAGACCAGGAGGCGAAAAACAAGGAGAGCAAAAAGCUCCUGCAUCUGGAGAUCCGCGAGCUGAAGAACAAACUCGGCAAAAGUGAAGAACUGAAGGCCAAAGUGGAGCUCAGUGUCCAGGGCAUGAAGGACGAGCUGCAGAAGCAGAAAGAGUCGUCCGCCAAGCUGCUGGUGCAGCGCUCGCAGGAGCUCGUAACCGUGCGGCGGGACCUUCACAUGACACUCAACCAUCUAGACCAACAGGAGGCAAAGCACAAGGAGCAGAAAAAGGCUUUGCAGAGCGAAAUCCAAGAGCUGAAAGUCAAACUGAGCAAAAGCGAAGACAUCAAGUCAACAACGGAGUUCGCCUUGCAGAAACUCAAGAGGGAGCUCCAGAGGGUCAAACAGUCAUUUGCUGACAAAAUGAAACAGCAUAAUUUAAGGAUGAUCAACAGGAGGAACGCUCAGCAGAAAUGUAAAAGAGAGGAGACAUCAGCAGCAGAGAAAGAGGAGAGUGCUGAAGAAGUCCAAAGAGCAGGAGAAGAGGAAGAGAGGGAAGUGGAAAACGUCGUUAGCAAACAGUUGCUGGUAACGGAGCAGAAAGAGAAAUUUCCUGCGGUCCUGCUGCCCGAAGACAUUUCUCCUCUGAGAUACGGCGAUCCAAAAGCAACAGGUCACAAAAAAUGAACAUGAAGUGUUUCUUGGAAGCGAUCGACUCCUUCAAACGUGCCAACAUCACCAUCCGGAACCUCUCUGACCCAAACGCCCACCAUCAGCAGAGUUAAAAGAAAAAAAAAAAAAAACAGAAACACAAAAGCAUUAAAAAAAAAAUUUAAAUCACCAUUCCGGGAAGUAUUUGCAUGGGGGAAGUUAACACAGAUGUGAGGUAUGGAGAAACAGAUGUCUUUUCUCUGACUGAAAUAACAUCAAACUCAUCCAGUAGUGAACCCAACACCUUCCUUUGAAGCACCAGGAGCACAACCACAACAAAAGGCUCCUUUUCCGCCCAUUCCCAACUUUACAUGUGGGCUUCCUUUAAAAAAAUAAAAAUAAAAAAAUCUGACAAUGGAUCAAAAAUAUUCA